ACGCUGUUGCAUGAUGGGACGACCGGCUUCCGCCAUUUUGAUCACCAACGUCAAAGCAACGUUGUUGAAAACGAAAAUUCAGUGGGGAAUCUACUUCAGAGUGGGCUGAGAUCUUCCCUUCAUCGUUAUUUGGAUUUUGGUACUCAAGAAAGGUCCAAGAACAGCUUUCAAAAUGUCUUACAUGCUUCAGCAUCUCAAAAAUGGUUGGCAAGUUGACCAGGCAAUCAUGUCGGAAGAAGAUCGAGUUGUGGUUAUUCGAUUUGGUCACGAUUGGGAUCCGACAUGCAUGAAAAUGGACGAAGUAUUGUACACCAUUGCGGAUAAAGUGAAGAACUUUGCGGUGAUCUACUUAGUGGAUAUUACAGAGUGUCCGGAUUUUAACAAAAUGUAUGAAUUGUACGACCCCUGCACGACAAUGUUCUUCUACCGAAACAAACACAUCAUGAUUGAUUUGGGCACAGGAAACAACAAUAAGAUCAACUGGGCUUUGGAAGAUAAACAAGAAAUGGUUGAUAUUGUCGAGACUGUUUAUCGUGGAGCGCGGAAAGGCCGAGGUUUGGUUGUUUCACCCAAGGAUUAUUCCACCAAGUAUCGUUAUUAGGAUAUAAAUCUUUUGCCUUAACCCCUUUCAGCCUAAGAUCAGUAUUCCUAUUCUCCAUACCGUUCUCUAUACAUUUUCUUAGGCGUUGAUAAGGAGAAUUUGUUUAGCAAUCAAAAGCCUCUUGGUGAUCGUUUCCUUUAUUCUUGUAACCUUUAUGUUUGAUUCAGGCAUGAUAUUGUAAGGAGAAAUUAGAUAUUAGUCACUCUUAGGGGUCAAAGGGUUAAAUAUCAUUAGUGGACAAUUGAGCUUCUUUCUAUUUUCACAAUAAUGUUAACUUUCCUAUUACACACUGAAUUGUUCAGCAUGACCGAUGAGUUCGUAGAUUUUAAGCAAAUUAAAGCUAAAACAGACUGUAGCUGGAAACAGUAACUAAACAAAUGUUUAAGGGUUAUAUGACAGUUUUUUUGCCUGUAGAAUGAUCUAGUUUGAAGGUUUAUGGUUUUUGGUUUUUCCCCAAUCUUAUAGCUUUCCUAUAUGCAUUUUUGGUCAGUGAGUGAUAAACGUUCUGAGCAAAGGUUGAAGGCAACACAUUUUGUCAAUGAAAGUGAGAAGGGGCCUGGAUAAAGUCUUCACCCUGAUUACUAUGGUUGCUACAGGUCGGGAAAGGCAAAGAAUUACACUUUGAGUCAGAGAAAAUUUAUAUCUUUAAAAGAAGUCAGGGAUGGGUGAAAUUUUAAGUAAAUAUGGAAUUGUUCAUCUCUUCCUGGCUCUCUUCACAAUGAAAAAUAGUAACACCUUCCUUCUUUUUUAUGUUAAUAUUACUUCUGUACACUGUUUAGAACAGUCAACAGAUUCCUGACCAGCCUAUAGUUUCUCUUUUUGAUGCAAGUUUAUGUUGGUUUAUGAAUGAAAUUGUACAUUUUUUCAAUCUUCUAAUUCACUCUUUUCUAAAAUUCUUAAUUCUUGGAUUCACUUUAUAGACAUGAAAGGUUGGAAUGGUAGAAGUUAGGUUGAUGAAAUUGAAUGGCAAGCUGAUGUUGGCAUCUAAGAAAAUCAUUCCUUUUUCCAUGAUUAUAACUUAAGGAAAUAUCUAUUGAUAUACACUGUAUGUGACUUGCCAAAAACAUAAAGGUAUGGCAAAGAAGAUGGCUGGGAGUGGAGGUUGUAGGCCACUACUAGGAUUAGUUUUUGAAACUUUUUAUUUCAGUUAGUGUGAGAAAUUUUACAUUUGUCAGGGAAAAGGCAUCACUAGACAUCACUAGAAUGGUAAUAUUACUUAAUGAUAUUUUUGUGCUUAUUAAAUAUAGAGAAGUUACUAAACUCA